AUGACUAGUAUUCGUAAUGCACCAGUCGAUAUUGCAUCAAAUCGUAUUUUACAAUAUUUACGAACACAUAAUUAUGAUGAUUGUGCAAUUUAUAUUAAUCGUCUUAAUUCAAAUACAUUCCGUAAAAUUUUAACAACUGAUUUAUCAUUCGAUGCAUUAUUAGCUCAAUUACCAUUUUCAAUUGAAAUCUUUGAAGUAAUCUAUUCAAAAAUAUUCAUCAUUGAUCCAGAUACAUUUCCUCUUCGAAUACUUAAACCCGAACAACUUAUAUCAAAUAUGAUCAGUAUCUUUGCAUCAUCUUCGACAUCAUCAAUAAUUCAAAAACAAUCCAAAGAAAAACUUAUUGAUAAUGAACGUUUAUUAAGUAAUCUUGCUAGUAUACUUCGUAUUAUAUCUUAUGUUCAACCAAUAUUAUUUAAACGUCUCUUACGUCAAAAAGAAACAAUGGAUGAAUGUAUACUUUAUUUUGAACAACGUCAAUCGAAUAAUACAAUAAAUAAUUCAAGUUUAAUGCGAUCAACAUCUUUAACAUAUAUUAAUCUUGAAGAAACUUUACGUCAUGAAUUAGAAACAACCAUUACUUGUUGUCAACAAGCAUUACAUAAACUUGGAACAAAAACAAUAUCAAUAACGAUGCCAUCCGUUCCAUUAUCAGUUCAUUCAACGCCAGCAACGCCUAGAAAACAUACUUCAAUGCGUUCAUCGACAACAGAUGUAUCAUCAACAAUAACUAUUUCAACAGCAAAUACAUUAGAUGAUAUACAAAAGCGUCUUUAUCAACAUAAAGCUAUAUUAAAUUUAAUUGAACCUUAUUUAUCACGUACAAAACUUUAUGCAAUUAUAACUAAUCUUACUUAUAAAAUUUCAAUUGAUAAACAAAUUUUAUUAGCUUAUUCGAAUAUAAAAAUACAUGAAAAACAAAUUCAAUUUGGUGAACCUUUAUUACCAUUAUUUAAACGAUUUGCUUUUGCAUAUGAACGUAUUAUUCAAUUGUGGAGACGCGUAACUGACAGUACAUUAAUUGACGACUGCACUGAUGAUAUUGUGAUUGAUGAUACGACUGUCAGAGGUGUCAGUGGUUCUGGUGGAAUAUGUUUCGAACGAUUACGAUCUGACAAAGAUCAAUUGACACUGUAUUUUACAUCUUUGUCUCGUUCUCCUAAAUUUUCUUCAUCAUCGCCAUUACCACCACCAUCAUCAUCAUCUCGUCUAAUGUCGAAUAGAUCAUUCAGAUUACCAUCUCAUCGUAUUUUACGUGUUGAAAAUGAACUUAAACCAUAUAAAGAUGAUAUGGCUGUUAAAAAUGGACAAUUCAGUAAGUUAAUUUUUCAAUUAAAUCUUAUUUCGUACUCAGAAAAUUAUAACAAAAAUUUUGUUAAAUAUUAUCAUUGUGUAAUAUGA